AACAUAAGAAAUGCUCACAUCAUUUAAAGAUCAUACGUGUUUAAGUUAUCAUAUCAUCAAUUUUACACUCAAUCAGCAAUCGUUCAGCAUUUGUAAAACAAUCAGCUGAAUUUGAAACACAAUAAAGAUGUUUUCAGGUGUCCAAUCCCUAUUUGUGAGCCUCUUGGGUUUGAACUUGACUCUGACUCUGGCUGCCCCCUUCAUCGGCGAGUGUCCAGACAUCAGUGGGUUGAUAGUGGACCUGCCCAAUCUGGCAGAGUACAUGGGCAGGUGGUACGAGACAUACAGGGUGCCCAACUUUGAAAUGGGACAGGAGUGUGUCUUUGCAACCUACACACUGGAAAACAGUCCAUAUGGCACCUAUGUGCAAGUGAACAACACUGGCUUCGGGUGGGUAGAUGGCUACUCUGGCAUAGUGGGCAUGGCCAUCCAGCCCAACCCCCUUAUGGCUGCAUUGAUCGUCUCUUUCUCCGGAUACCCAUCCCAGAGCGCCACAGCUCCCAACUACAACAUCAUCAGUCUAGACCUCUCCUCCUAUGCAUUGAUCUACUCCUGUGACAGUGAGGGCGGUCUAGGCUCAGUGGAUGCAUGGAUACUAUCCAGGACCAACUCCCUCCCUGAUGACGUCAUCGCUGAUCUGAAGGGACUGCUGGCCUCUCUAGGGGUAGAAGUGGGCAAUAUGCAUGCUACUGUGCAGAAUGACUACUACUGCCCGGUCGCUUAGAAAAAGCCAAAACAUGUGACCAACUUUUAAAAUCUACAAAUAAAAAUAGCUUGUAUGCAAUGUUGUACAAAUAAAUACAUCAAUAUAAUGUUGAAUGGUUGUUUUAUAAAAAUAAUCACCAUUUAGCUGCACAAAAUGAGUGAAAAAUUCUAAUGCUAAAAUC